AUGGGAUCAGAAAAGGAUUCGGAAUCGCCCCACUCCUCCGUCAGCGGUGUUCCGAACCCGAAAUGCCGUGGGCCGGGGAAGAAACAGGGUCGGAUCUCCUUCACGAGUCUCUUUCAGAGCAAGAAGGGGUCCAGGGGGAGCAAAAACAGCGCCGGCACCACCCCCACCGCUCUGACGCAACAACAGCAGCUCCUCCCGUUGACCACGCCCACCCCCGCCUCUCCGCACGCGGCCUCGUCCGAACCCCUGUCGUCCAGCCAGCCCUCCCUCGGCGCCGGGGCUCCGGACAUGCUGGAGUGCCCGCUGUGCUUGGUGCGGCAGCCGGCGGAGCAGUUGCCCGAGCUGCAGGGUUGUAAUCAUCGCUCCUGUCUUUGUUGCCUGAGGCAGUACCUGCGCAUCGAGAUCACGGAGAGCCGCGUUCAGCUCAGCUGCCCGGAGUGCGCCGAACGGCUGUCCCCGCGGCAGAUUGCUCUCAUCCUGGACGACCCCGCGCUCCUGGAGAAGUACGAAGAGUUUCUCCUCCGACGAUGCCUGGCGUCUGACCCCGACUGUCGCUGGUGCCCGGCCCCAGACUGUGGGUUCGCUGUGAUCGCCUCGGGCUGUGCCAGCUGCCCCAGAUUGGUGUGUCAGAGGGAGGGAUGCGGUGCCGAAUUCUGCUACCACUGCAAACAGGCAUGGCACCCCAACCAGACUUGUGACUCAGCCCGGCAACAAAGGGCUCUCUCACUUAGAACACAUAGCAACCACUCGCCCAGUUACACGGCCGAGCAGGGGCCCACUGAUGACAUCAAGCCCUGUCCACGUUGCGGUGCCUACAUCAUCAAAAUGAAUGACGGCAGCUGUAAUCACAUGACCUGCGCUGUGUGUGGCUGCGAGUUCUGCUGGCUCUGUAUGAAAGAGAUAUCUGACCUUCACUACCUCAGUCCAUCAGGUUGUACCUUCUGGGGAAAGAAGCCAUGGAGUCGUAAAAAGAAGAUUCUGUGCCAGCUUGGCACACUAAUUGGUGCCCCAGUGGGUAUCACUCUUAUCGCUGGCAUUGCAGUGCCUGCCAUGGUAAUUGGCAUACCAGUCUACGUUGGACGCAAGAUUCAUUCCCACUAUGAGGGAAAGAAAACAUCUCAUCAUCGGAGGAAUCUCGCUAUCACCGGAGGCGUGGCCUUAUCCAUCAUCACUGCCCCUGUUAUUGCAGCCGUUAGCGUGGGUAUUGGUGUACCCAUCAUGUUGGCAUAUGUGUAUGGAGUGGUGCCAAUUUCCCUGUGCCGCGGUGGGGGCUGCGGAGUGAGCCGGGGGAAAGGCCGCGGUGUCAGGAUAGACUUUGAUGAGGAUGACGGACCAAUCACAGUUGCUGAUGCGUGGCGGGCGCUGAAAUCUCCCAGUCUAGGUGAGAGCAGUCUGGAGGGCGGAGCCAGUGGCCUCAGCACCACAUCUCCCAGUGAAGGCUUAUCAGUGGCCCCUGGAGGCCUGGGGGACACACCCCACUUCAACACUCUUGCUGGUGGAGCACUUGGAGCCAGAACAGGAAAAUACAGCAGGCUGGAGGUUCAGGGUGGUGAGUUGGGAAAGGAGGCAGUGCGCAGAGAGACAGGAAGCCUGGGAGCAGGCAGUGACUGUGCAAGUACCAGAGGCAUGGCAGGAUCCAUAACCUCUUCCUAUACACUACCUGACAGAGAGGGCACUAAUCUGGAGAUCCAAGUAGACAUUGAAACCAAACCUAGUCAUCUGUGUCUUACAAGUGAAGAAGACCUGGCUCCGCCCAGCGCGGGUGUGGCGACCGGUUCGGGGGAGGAGCCUCAGGACUGCAGCUCACGGAGAGGCGGGGCUUUGUCUGGCUCAUCUCUGGGACUGUCGCCUGGAAUGUCGCUCAAGGAGGGGCUCCGCGACGUCACUCUGGCUCAGCCGGAGAGCAUCCGCAGCGACCUCGAGAUGUCGGACACGCAGUCGGACGACAUCGCCGAGCUAACGUCGGACGAUUGCGACUCCCCCCACCCCAAAAGCUGCCGCCCUCCGCCGCCACCCCAGUCCUCCUGCAGAGCCCAACAUCCUUCAGACAGCCUCCACUGUCCUGACAAUGUGAUACUUUAUGUGUGA